AUGAUUUAAUAAAUUUUGUUUUUCUUUGCCUCUCUGAUACUUUUGUUAUUAUAACUCAUAACAUAUUAAUUGCUUGUUUAAUCGUACAAUUUAUAGAUUAUUGAAUACAUGACUGCAAUUAAAAUUGUCUAAAAAUGGGUUGAGCAGGAAACUGAUACCAGUGGAUCAUUGUUUUAACCUUGUAUGUAAGAAUAAUUUAAUUUUAGAAAUUGUGGAUACGAACUUGCUAUUCAAAAGAAUCCAAUAUAUUGUUUGAAAAGUGAUCUUUAUAAAAUUUUACAUCCAAAAGUAGUUUUAGAGGAUAGCUACAUUUUUAGAGAUUAUGGAGGAAAUGAUUUAGCAAGAUCAAUUAUAAGAAAACAGUUAUUUGAUGCUAACCCUAACUUUACUCAAAAUACUCCUCUUGAACAAGAAUAAUAUAUACAACUUGAUUUAGUAUUGCUUUUUAAUUGUAAUUUAGAGAACAACAGUGUUAUACCUUUAUUCCAAAACUUACUUAAGAACUCAUUUUUUUGGAAAGGAAGCAGGAUGUUUGUUUUAAAAAUAUAUGCAUGUACCUGGUUAAGAUGAAUUGGCUUUAAAAUCCCUCUAAUCCUUAAAUUUAAGAAAUUAUUUAAUUCAGCUCAAUCAUGUAAAUGCAUCUACAGAAUGUUAAAAUGAAGCAACAUUUUCUAAAAAAUCCUAUAUAAUGACUGAUGAAACUGAUUGUAAGUUAUUUUUCUCAAUCCUUGAUUCGCCUGAAUAUCAAAAUAAAUUUAAAUCAGAAGGACUAUAAUUUAUUUAUAAAACUAAUUAACAUUUGGGAAAAGGAGUUUUACUUGUUGAUAAAGAAAAUGAAUAGUUAAUCAGAAAGUAGUAUAACAAUGGAUCUUUUUGUGGUAAAAAUAAUUAAAAAGUUAUCAUUCAGGAAUACUUAAAGAAUCCUUAUUUGUACAAGGUAAAAAAACUUAUAAAUAUAUCAGGGACAUAAAAUGGAAUUUCGAUGUUAUUUUUAAAUAGCCUCAACAAAUCCUCCUAUACUUUUUGGAUAUAAAAAGGCUCUUAUCAAACAAUGUGCAUUAAAGUUUAAUUUAUCAGAUUUUUCGAAAGAGGCUCAUGUUUGUAAUACAGCAAUUACAAAAUCUCAUAAAGAAGAAACUAAAUAAUAAGACGAUGAUUUUUAUAUUGAUUGGAAUUUAGAGGAGUUACAAGAAUUAUUAAUUGAAGAGGGUUUUAUUAAAUCAAAAAAUUGGUUGCAUAUUCAUCUCAUGCCUUAAAUUUAAAUAAAAUUAUUUCAUUUAUUUAAUUCUGCUCGAAAUAAGCUUUUUAUUGAUAGCAGGGUGGGAGAAUUUUUUGGAGUCGAUUUUAUUUUAGAUUAAAAUUUAUAACUUUGGAUUUUUGAGUGUAACAGAAAUCCAAAUUUUUUAGUAGUAACAGAAGGUCGGAAAGAAAAAUUUAAUUAAUUAAUUCCUGAAAUGAUUUAAUUGUAGUUAGAGUUGGUUAGAAGUAGAUUCAUCAGAGUAUAAAAAUUUAUAAAAUAAAAAUUAAUUCCUUCUUUAAGAUAAAAAUUUUUUUAAAGUUAAUAAGAAUUGUUAAAACAUGAAUUUUUAAUAAUUUUCCAAGACAAAUUUGAAGAUUAAACUUAUUCAAAUAUUGGUAGUUAAGUAUAUAAUAUUUUCCAAAUAAUCCAUUUAAGCAGUUGCUUUAGGGAAUUACAGUUGUUAAAUUUUCUUAAUCAAGAAAAUUAGGAAAUUUGA